AUGGAAAACCUACACGCUCCGACUGUACAGUCUGGCCCAACAUCGGGUCCAGCAAGCACAAAUGGCACCCAAACGAGUGGAAUGACUUUCGCUCAACUCCAAGCCAAGAAGGACAAUAUUGAAGCUGAAAUGAGUGCUCUGGGGUCCGUACUUCAGUCGCAUGGAGUUGACAUGAAUACAAGGUUGAUUACCCCCGACGGGUUUCCUCGAGCAGACUUGGAUGUAGCGCAAAUUCGAACUACAAGAACACGAAUUAUUUAUCUACGAAACGAUCACAAAGCCCUCAUGAACGUUAUCGAAAAGUUUCUACACGAGCAUUUCGCAAGGCAAGCAGCACUUGGAACUGGGGAUGAUGCGACAAACGAAACAAGCAAUACAGACAUCUUAUCUGCCUCAUCGUCGAGUAUAGAACAGCCUGCCGGCCCACCUUUUGCUAAAGUGAACAGCGUAGUGGACAACAGUCCCGCGGAUACAGCUGGUUUGAAGGCUGGAGAUGAGAUUCGGAAUUUUGGAUACGUGAACCACUCAAAUCAUGAUGGGCUGAAGAGGGUUGGAGAGUGUGUUCAGGGCAAUGAGGGGUCUCGAACAUCUAGCUCGCUCUGUUUACCUCUUUUUUCCUCAACAUCAUAUUCAGUAAUCAUGGCCGAAGCAUCUGGAGUCCCAACCUUCAAGCUUGUCCUUGUCGGUGAUGGAGGAACUGGAAAGACCACCUUCGUCAAGCGUCAUUUGACCGGAGAGUUCGAGAAGAAGUAUAUCGCCACUCUUGGUGUAGAAGUCCACCCUCUCGGGUUCAGCACCAACUUGGGCCAGAUCCAAUUCGAUGUAUGGGAUACUGCAGGACAAGAGAAGUUCGGUGGACUCCGUGAUGGAUACUACAUCAAUGGCCAGUGCGGUAUUAUCAUGUUCGAUGUCACAUCCAGAAUCACCUACAAGAACGUCCCCAACUGGCACCGUGACUUGGUCCGCGUGUGCGAAAAUGUCCCAAUCGUCCUGACCGGAAACAAGGUUGAUGUCAAGGAGAGAAAAGUCAAAGCCAAGACAAUCACAUUCCACCGAAAGAAGAACCUCCAAUACUACGAUAUCUCUGCAAAGUCCAACUACAACUUCGAGAAGCCUUUCCUUUGGUUGGCCCGCAAGCUCGUCGGCAACCCAACUUUGGAAUUCGUUGCUGCUCCAGCGCUUGCCCCACCAACCGCCCAAGUUGAUCAAGCCCUCCUUGACCAAUACGCCCAAGAGAUGAAGUCCGCUGCCGAUCUACCACUUCCAGAUGAGGAUGACGCCGAUUUGUAG